AUGAAUCAGGAUCAAGAGGUGCCCGCGACAGUUACAGACUUGGCCAGUCUGCCCAGCGAAGAGUUCAACAGGCUGAACGAGCCGCUUCAAACGGUCGCUUCAGGAUAUUGUCCUGUUAAUUAUUCGGUGGCUCAGCAGACUAGCAGCGAGGAGAAGCUACAAUCCGAGAGCGGAAUAUACUCCGGCCAGGAAUUCAGACAGGAGCCUUGGCUUCAAGACGGUAGCAGUUGCGAGACAGAGGACAGCGAGCAAUACGUGCCGGAGUUUCAUCGGAUGUCAAAUGCCAGCGUAAAACAGGAAUCUGGAAACUGUAGGAGAAUCAACGACACCGAUUACAGGCAGUAUCAAGCAUCGGUUGGUCAUUCGCACGGUCAAGGCACCACCUUCCUCGAUCUUGAUCCGGACAGUCGUACGAUCUGCUUCGGAAACAACAAACUGAAUUCCCGAACGAACGACACCACGAAGAGCAUCACCGUGAAGGAAGAACCGACGGACAGAGGAUACGGGGAACCGAUUCCCGUAACUAGCGUACCCGCGUCGUCGAUGUCUCAGGACAACCGAACCAACAACAACUUGGUUUACCAACAACAGCAGCAAAACGGCAGAGGUUCGCCGUCACCCAGUCGACCAGCCAGCACGUCUUCCGCAACGUCUCAGUGGCAAUCGACGGUUUCAGCAUCGAGCGGGGACGCUUUCUUUUCUCGGCAGGAGACCUGGAGCAGUUCGGAAGUAUACGGAAAAAGAAGCGCUACACCCACGUGGACCGAACUAGGCGUUCAAUUGGACGCGAGAAAUUCGUCAUGGGAGAGGCAGAGCAAUUGUUACCAGAAGAAAGGCUCUCCGACAUCUUGGAACGCAGAUUAUGCCGGCAAGAGGCCGUCCUCGGCGACCGGACCUUCGCCCUGGACCGAGAUAACCGUUGGCUAUCAACAGCAACGUCGCGGGUCCCUACAGUUAUGGCAGUUCUUGGUAACCUUGCUGGACGAUCCUGCGAACGCACCUUGCAUUGCCUGGACCGGUCGUGGCAUGGAGUUUAAAUUGAUCGAACCGGAAGAGGUGGCUCGCAGGUGGGGCGUUCAAAAAAAUCGGCCGGCGAUGAAUUACGACAAACUGAGUAGAUCGUUAAGGUAUUAUUACGAGAAAGGAAUAAUGCAAAAGGUGGCGGGCGAAAGAUACGUCUACAAAUUUGUGUGCGACCCGGAAGCGCUGUUCAAUAUGGCGUACGGCACCGGAGGGUCAUCGAAUCUUCCCGGCGAAGCACGGAACGGGGUUCGAAGUCAGUCGAUAUCCGGGAAAAUCUCCACUACGAACGAUGUCUCCGACUUGAGGGAACAUCCCGCUACUGGAUACGGGGACGCGGUUCUUGCUAUGUACUCGAACAGUGCAGCAGUGUACGGAUCGUCCAGCUUGCACCAUCUGCACCAGUACCUCGGUGGUAACGAGGGCUUCAAGACACCGCCGAACAGAUAUCAUCCUCACUACUCGCACGAGUACAACGGAAAUCAUCAUCACCAUCCGCCAUCGAGUUACGCAGAGACCUUCCUAAACUACGGCCGCUUGUCGUCACACGAUGGCCCAACCGAUUCGAGAAGUCUCGAAUUACCGAGGAUCCCGUACGGCCAGGAAACUGAUAAUACCAGCAGGGACCGAGAGGCGUCAUCGAUUUUCUACGAAGGCAUGCAGAGAACGCAAUUACCAGCAACUCCGGCGCUUUCGCAGCCAACGUUGCUGGACAGUGCCACCACGAGCUCAAAGAUCGAGCAAACUUCGUACGCCUGCCUCGGUGUAGGGAGCUGCGUAUGCUGAAUUUAUCCAAAUUCAUUCUCAAAACAUUUUCUAUACAUAUACAAUGUACGAUACGCGUAUGCGUCGUACGUAGUCGCGACUAAAUUAACUGGUCGCGCAAACACCCCGUUGUCCCGACUACCAAUUAUAACAACUACCGCCGAACGGUAUUAUGGCUACGAGUAAGUACCCUCUUAGCAUCCUCGAACGACCAAUUAAUUUUAUUUCGCCUACGGUAUAGAGGACACUCGGAUAACGUUGCGUGUUUCGGUCAAUUCCAUCAUAGUUUUACACAAUAAGAAUUUCAUUCCGUCUAUAGAAUUAUUUUAACGAGAAUCUUGGACUCUGAGCAAUCGACCAACAGCAUAGUACAUAUGUAUAUGGAGAACCAGUCUUACGGUUGCUGUAAACAUUUUCUUCUUCAAAUAUUUACUGGGAUUAGCAAACAACAGCCUCAGGAAUUUCAUCGUCGAUCCUUACCGUGGACGUGAUAUCAUCGUACUCUGAAAUUAUAUCUAUAGUCUCCGCGUGGAUUGAGAAAAGUGACAAUUACGAGAACCCAAGUGCUCCGUGUGUACAAGUAACCCGUAUCGCUCGCACGCGACCAACAUUACCUCCACGCGUUACGUCUAUAUCAUGUAAUUUUCCAACAAAGGGGGCAACGAAUCGCUAUUGGUAUUACGCGAUUGUCUGAGUAUUCUCUAGGUGUAUAGCGCGCUUUAGAUGGAACGCGCGAUUCGAACAUCGACCAAGCAAGUAGGUAUGUACUUACGCGUUUGUCGAUGGUCGAGCGAGCUCGUAAUUUAGAACGGUAGAAAAUUGAACAGGCUAACGUAUGGUCGAGGGUUCGCGCGACGAUCGACGAACGCGAAACGCAAUCGUUUGCAGCAUUUCGAUCGCGCGUAU